UCCUCUUCUGGCUUUCUGCCUUAGCCCAGCGCCUCCUCAAGCUUCUUCUCGUAUUGGAAGUCGUUGAGGCAUCUGGCGGUGUCGAACCACUUCUCGCCGGUGUGGUCCUCCUCGAGGGAGUGGAAGAAGGCGAGGUACAGCUCGGGGGACGAGUGGCAGAUGCUGCUGGUGAUGGGCUGGUUCUGGGCCCUCCGUGCGGCCGUAGAGAAAGGGACGAAGGCGCUUGGGAGGGGGUGGGUGGGGUGAUGGGAGAGGGCGGCCGAGCUGGUGAGGUCUAUCAGCUUGGCACCUUCGGGCGCCAGUGGCUCACUGGAGGGCAGCUGCAGGCUGCCUGGCACCUCGAGCCUCUCCAGGAAGCACUUCUUUAAGAAGACAUCCUUGGAGAAAUUGUCCAAGGUCAGCACGCCAAGCUGCACCGCCACGCGAUUGCACCUCCUGUACAGCCGCAAGCCGAGGACGAGGCUCUGCAGCUUCUUGCGGAUGUCCUCGGGGUCCUUCUCGGCCUCGUUCUCCUUCAGCUGAGCCAGCUUGCUGAAGCUGUGCUCCUUCAAGAAGUCGUCGACCGGCUGCCACUCCUUGCAUGACACAGAAAAGAGAGACACGGAGAGGUCCAUGUGUGCAUGAAUCGUGUAUUGGUCUGCAUGCAUCGCUCCCUCACCUGGCAACAGCUGUAGAGCAAUGAUCAGACACUCCUCCUCACUCACGUGGCCGUCCUGGUGCUCGAUGACGAGCGUGGCGGGGCUGCUGGGGUCGGUAUGGCAGUGGGGCUCGUAUAUGCCGACGAGGGGCGACUUGCCCAGCACCGACCUCAGCCGGUCCCUCUUGAUCUCGGCCUCCUUGAUCAGCCGCUCCCUCCUGUCCGCGUGGUUGUAAGGCAGGACAAACAGCUUCAGCGCUGACGAUCUGGCGCCGCCGGGUGCAGAUUUGGAUGGAGUAAGUGCAUCGCAGCCGUAUAAGUCCACACAUAUAAGACGAGAGACGGCGAUCUAUCUGCACACACAGACACGAGACACAACGCACACGGGAGUUGAUCACUAUAGUGUAUUUCGACAGCUCACAUUCGAUGUGCGAAUGGCCAGACAGCGGUGCGAUGCGGUGAAAAGGCGUCAU